GCGACGUGCUGACUUGGUUUGGCGGCUUAAUCCCGAAGCUGGAGGCAUUCGCCGGCGACCGCAUUUCGACUCCGGCGGCUCAACGAAAGCUGUUGGCGCAGCCGAGGACACCACUGGGGGGCUCCACAGGCAAGCGCAGCAUGGAUAUCGGCUUCGUCAAUAGCGACAUCACAUACAACCCUGACUCUGAGGAUUCGAGAUAUCGUUGGUCACACAUCCUCGUUGCUGGCGAACUAAAAAGCAACCCGAAGGCCGACAAAGCAUCAAUAGCAUGGAUUGACCUCGCAACGUAUGCGAGAGAGGUACUUGCUGCUAAAGAUACCCGUCGCUUCGUCUUGGGCUUUACUCUCUGCGGAUCUCUUAUGAGGGUAUGGGAGUUCGACCGGCUCGGGGGGAUCGCCUCCGAACAAUUCGACAUCAACAACAACUAUGGUGGGCUACAGUUUGUGACCACAAUCCUCGGAUUUCUCUGGAUGAACGAAGACGGGCUUGGAUUUGACCCUACUAUUAUUACGUCCGACGCUGAACGGUAUAUCGAGAUCGAACGAGACGGCAAGACACAGCGCCUCAUCAUCGACGAGGUCAUGAAGCGUGCGCCUUGCAUUGCCGGUCGGGCGACAACAUGUUGGAAGGCUCAUCGCAAAGAGGACCCGCAGACGCCGCUCGUUAUCAAGGACUCGUGGCAGUACACAGACCGAGACGAAGAGGGUAUUCUCGUUGAAGAAGCGACUGAGAAAGGCGUGGUUAACGUUGCCCGAUACUACCACCACGAGACCGUUUGCGUCCGCGGUGCUGAUGACGACGUUCGAAGCAAUGUUCGAAAGGGAUUAGACAUCACAAAGGCUACGAAUUAUCGACCAGGACGGCCGAUGUUACCGUCAAGUGCGAUCGCAUCCAGUGUUUCCCGCAAAGGGCGAAGCAGCAUCGCUGGCGUGAAACGACCGUCCAGCGAAACUGACGCCGCUCUGCCGCCAAGCAAGCGAUCCUGUUCAGUAUCUCCAACUAAGGCAAGCGUCGAAGCGCUGCCAAACCGAGUACAUCGGCGGGUAAUUCUUCGUGACUAUGGGAAGCCAAUCUACAAAGCAAGCUCUCGCGUGGCUCUGCUUGCCGCGCUAGAAGGGUGCAUCGAAGGACAUGAGUCAUUGCAUAAUGCCGGCCUUCUUCACAGAGACAUCUCUAUCAACAACCUUAUGAUCAAUGAAGACAACGAAAACCCCUCCAGGCAAGCUUUCCUGAUUGACCUUGACCUCGCUAUUAAAGCCCAACGAGAAGGCGCCUCGGGAGCGAAAGGGAAGACAGGCACAAGGGCAUUCAUGGCCAUCGGUGCAUUGCUAGGGCAAGAUCAUUCUUUCAUGCACGACCUUGAGUCAUUCUUCUGGGUGCUCUUCUGGAUAUGCAUCCACUACAACGGACCAGGCAAAGAUAUUGGACCAACUGACUUUGAGAGCUGGAACUAUGAGAGCGACAGUAAGCUGGUCGGGUCCAAAAAGGGUGUGAUUUCUGAUGAAGAGGAUUUUAUCAGUAGUGCGGAAGCCAACUUUACGCCCUACUACCAACCAUUGAUCCCAUGGGUCAACAGACUGAGGAGGAAGGUUUUCCCAAAUGAUGAGAGGUGGAAAAAACCGGAGCCGGGACUGUAUCAAUCGAUGAAGGACAUUCUUCGUGAAGCUCAGAAGAACGUAAAAGUAGCAAGCAUGUAACAUGGUGCCACUACUCGACCUGGGGAAGCGAUGCAAAUUGGUACUCGCGAUUGGUAGAGAGGCAAGACCUGCGACAGAUGAUAUU